CACACACACACACACAUUUCAAACCAUCACAAUCGAAAAAGCUCAAGUGAGACAACAAUGGCGGAGCUGGAGAGCCCGACGGUGAUGCCCAGACUCAUCGGUUUCCUCUCCUCUCUCCUCCAGCGGGUGGCGGAGGCCAACGAUCUUAACCGUGGAUUCCACCCGCAGAAAAUCUCGGUUUUCCACGGCCUCACCAGGCCCACCAUCUCCAUUCAAACCUAUCUCGAGAGAAUUUUCAAGUACGCCAACUGCAGCCCCUCCUGCUACAUUGUUGCCUACGUCUAUCUCGAUCGCUUCACGCAGCGUCAGCCCGCGCUGCCCAUCAACUCCUUCAAUGUCCACCGCCUCCUCAUCACCAGUGUCAUGGUUUCUGCUAAGUUCAUGGACGACAUGUAUUAUAACAACGCAUACUAUGCAAAAGUGGGAGGAAUCAGCACAACAGAGAUGAACUUUCUUGAAGUGGAUUUCCUAUUUGGAUUGGGAUUCCAUUUGAAUGUGACCCCCACAACUUUCCACACAUACUGCUCCUACCUACAAAGAGAAAUGAUGCUUCAGCCUCAGCUCAACAAUAUUGCAGCUGAGCCCUCUUCUUUGUACAGUGCUGGAAGGUCAUCAAAAUUACUCCAUUUCUGCUUUAAUGAAGAUGAAUCAUCCCACCAACAACAACAACAGCAACUUGCUGUUUGAGAUUAAAGAUUAAUGCUUUUCUUCUUUUUACUGUAGUAAUUAGGUUAGAAGUAGUGCUUUUUUUUUUUUUUUUUUUUCUUUUGGAAGUUUUUUGGGUUGGCAAAUUAGGCAUCUGGCUGCACUUUUGGCCUCUCUCUAUUGCAUCUGUCUUGUUGUUUUUCCAUCUUUUUCAGUGUAUGUUUAUGGGAAUAUUUGGAAUUAAAUCCAUUGGAAUGUACAGUUGGUUGGUUAUUUUCUUGUUUA